AAGAAAGAGAGGUAGAGGGAGGAGGAAACCGCGUGGUAGCCAGAAGGCAACUUUCACAGGAACCUUCCUUUUUUUACGACUAAAAUGAGGAAGAGCGUAACAGAGGGACAGAGAGAAAAAAACACUUUCGAAAGGUUAGUAGCCAGCGGCCUCCUUCAAAAAACCGGGACGCCAUUCGGACAUUGUCCAGGGCUUCCCUAGUAUAUAUACAUAGAUACAUAAGUGUAUACAUACAUGAUGUUUUGUACGUAUACGUAUGUAUUUAUGUACAUACGUAAGUAUAUCGUCCACGUUCUGAAUGAGAAAGUGCGCAAUGAUUUUUUUUCUUCUUUUUCUAUUUUUUUCCUCUUCUCUCUCUCUCUCUCUCUCUCUCCCUCCCUCUCUUUCUCCCCCUCUCUAUACACACAUGCGAUGUCGAAAGAAGAUAUAUAAAAAUAAGAUAAUGCUUUACAGUUAAUUGAACGUAUACACUAUUUGGUAACUAUCGCGAUUAUAAUAUCAAUUAUAGUUAUGAUCUUAGCUUAUACGACAUAAUUAAUUCUAACUUUAUCAUUCAAAAGUUUUAUUAACGAUUAUAUUAUUUCAUUUAAUGAAUUCACGAUCGUGUAUUUGUCAUAACCUCGAAAUAUAUGUGACAUGUGUAUACGUAUUUAUUUAUGCAUUGUAUGUACGUAUAUAUAUAUAUAUAUACGUAGGUUGGAAAACGAUCAAAUGAUAUCGUCUUUUGUCUAUCUUUUAACUCAUGGAUUCGAGAAGUUUCGAGAAGAGGAGGAUUUCUUUGAAGCAAAAGUUUCUCACGACUGCAAGCAAAUUUCUAGAUAAACUCGAUAUAUAAGUAGUAUACUCUCGAGGGGGUUAUAGUUAAGUGGUAGAAGAACGAAUCUGAUCAGCCUGUUCUGGAUGUCUGACACGCAAGGCAGGUGUUCACUUCUGCGAGAACGAAGGUAAAAUGACCCGCAUUAAACGACAAGUUCACCAUACAAUUCUUAAGCAAAUUUCCAUCGAUCGAUAACUCUUUACUUGAAUAGAAGUAAGAGAGAGAGAGAAAGGGAGAGAGAGAGAAAGAGAGAAAGAGAGAAGUAGCAAAUUUUUAUCAAAAAAUUUAUAUAUAUAUAUACAGCAUAAAGGUAUACGCAUACACGUGCACGCACAUAUACAUAUACAUACACAAACACAUAUACAAAUAUGAAGAAACGAAAAGGGGAAAGGGCGAUCACCGGUCAGCGCAGGAGAAUCGCGAAGGCAACGACGCGGCGAAGCCAGAGAACGCGGUCUCUCCUCGGGGCGACGCACUUCGAGUCGAGACGCCACCGUCGAAGGACGCAUGAAUAUCCUGUAAUCAGUCGGGUUCGCGUGUCAACUUUAGCUCGGAGCGAUACAAGGAAAUAGUCAAGGAAGUAGGACCCGGUCGAAGGAUAGAAAAGGGUGAAAACUAGGAAGGCGCUGAAAUACGUCGGUGUAAGUGUACCUAAGUUUAAAGUCAGGAACUCCAAGAAAUCGAGUGAGAAGAAAACGUCUGUUAAAUUUUGUUAGAAAAAACGGGAUGAAAAAGGAAGAACAACAAGAGACGGUGAGCUUCGAUGAAUCAGUAGCGAUAUCAGUAGCGGCACCUGCCGGUGCAAGUAGAUCACCGACGACGACGGCGACGACGACGACGACGACGGGGGCGGUGAAGCCGGCGACGGUGGCAGCGACGGCGACGACGACGACGAUGACAACGAUGACGACGAAGACGAUGUCGUCGCCGAAGAUGCCGGAUGGAGGCGCUUGCAGCGACGAGGACGAAGUCGAAGGAGGAGGUGGAGGUGUUGUAGGAGGUGGUGUAGGAAGUGGUAGCAAAAUGGGGAAUGAGAAUGAAGUGGAGGAGAUAGAGGGGAUGUUAGAAGAGGAGGAUGAGGAGGAUGAAGAGGUGGAGGAGGAGGAAGAAGAAGAGGAUGAGGAGAGUGAAAGGGGCGAGGAGGAGGAAGAGGAAAGAGAAAAGCAGCAGGAGAACGGCAAUGGAAAGGGUGGAGAUUUCACGGCGCAGAAGACGGCUGGCGUUGGUGGGCUUUCGUUAGGCGAAAGUGGGGGUGGAGGCGGCAUGGGUGGCUUCUGGAGGCAAAGCAGACCCUCCAGUCCCCGCAUGCCGCCUCCGGAGCAGCGGGAGCAGAGGCCAAAGAGCCGACACGAUCCGGCUUUAGCGAGAUACAACAAUCUCGGUUAUUGGAGAGCUAGACGUGUUACUUUUUACAAAAAUGGCGAUCCCUAUUUUCCUGGGGUUGAAUUCAGAUUCAAACCAAGGCGCGAUAUCGGAUCACUGGAAGCCCUAUUGGAUAGAUUAUCUCUUCGUUUGGAUUUACCUAGGGGAGCACGUUACAUAUUCUCGAUGGACGGCGAUCGGAAAGUUAAUUUGGACGAAUUAGAAGAUGGAGCUUCUUAUGUCGUGUCAAGCUAUAAAACGUUCAAGCCGGCGAGCUAUGGAAAGAAAAGUAAUAAUUGGUACACGACACCAACUAGCGGUGGUAGCAGAGGUGGUGUUAGUGGUAGCGGGACAGGAGGAACCGGAGGUUGGCAAAGUAGACCAGGAGCAGUAGCUAGCCUAAGUAGAAAGGCUUCCAUUACUGAAGAAGCACCACCACCAGGAGGUGGUAAACCUUCAUCAGGUCGUGUCAUCCGAAUUGUAAAUAAUCAUGAUCAUACUGUUCAGUGCCGUGUUCUACUAAAUCUUCGAACUUCUCAACCGUUCGAAGAAGUAUUAGAGGAUCUUGGUCAAGUUUUAAAAAUGAAUGGAGCUAAAAGGAUGUUCACUGUUUCGGGUCAAGAGGUAAGAAGUUUCUCGCAAUUGAGAAAUGAGUUCGCCGAUAUAGAUACAUUUUAUUUGGGCACUGGCUCUAGUAUGGGUAUAUCUGGUACUAUAACAGCCUCUCCAACUAGAAGAUCAAGAUCACGUGGGCCACCAACAUUGGUAGAAGAUCUUGGCCGUCAGAGACGAGCUCGAAGUAAAAGUAGACCUCGAGCACUUUACGCACCGGAUUCCGAAGUUGUUCGAGUUAAUGAUUACAGUGUCGUAGAGGUUUUAAGAGACGAACCCGUUAGAGUAACUAUCAGAGGUCUUAGAAGAUCAUUUUAUCCGCCAUCACGUUUGCCACCAGUUGAUAAUUCUCCGCCAGAUAAAAAAUUACAAUUAGAAUGGGUCUACGGUUACCGUGGUACUGAUACCCGUAGAAAUCUAUGGGUGUUACCAAGUGGAGAAUUAUUGUAUUAUGUUGCUGCAGUUGCAGUUCUCUUUGAUAGAGAAGAAAAUGCACAAAGACAUUACAUUGGUCAUACCGAGGAUAUUACUUGCAUGGAAAUACAUCCUAGCAGAGAACUCGUAGCAUCUGGUCAAAGAGCUGGCAGACAUCGAAAAGCUCAACCUCAUGUUCGUAUUUGGUCGACGGAAACUCUUUUAACUCUUUAUGUUUUUGGAAUGACCGAGUUUCAAAUAGGAGUAUCAGCAUUGGCUUUCUCUCAAUUGAACGGUGGUAGCUAUGUACUUGCUGUUGAUGCUGGAAGAGAAGCCAUUCUCUCGGUAUGGCAAUGGCAAUGGGGUCACUUAUUGGGUAAAGUCGCGACUAUGCAAGAAGAUCUAACAGGUGCAGCUUUUCAUCCAUUGGACGAUAACUUAUUGAUAACGCAUGGACGUGGACAUUUAACAUUUUGGAAUCGACGGAAAGACGGUUUCUUUGAACGGACUGAUAUUAUUAAACCUCCAUCGCGUACACAUGUGACGAGUAUUCAAUUCGAACAAGACGGUGACGUUAUUACGGCUGAUAGCGAUGGAUUUAUUACGGUAUACUCGGUUGAUGCAGAUGGUGCUUACUUCGUUAGAAUGGAAUUCGAAGCUCAUAACAAAGGUAUCAGUUCUCUGGUAAUGUUGUCCGAAGGUACACUGCUGUCUGGUGGUGAAAAAGAUCGCAAAAUUGCGGCUUGGGACUCUCUACAGAAUUACAAACGUAUUACCGACACUAAGUUACCAGAAGCAGCUGGAGGAGUUCGUAGUAUUUAUCCUCAACGACCAGGAAGAAACGAUGGCAAUAUUUACGUUGGAACGACGAAAAAUAUUAUAUUGGAGGGAUCUUUACAAAGAAGAUUCAAUCAAGUGGUUUUUGGUCAUGGUAGACAGUUGUGGGGCCUUGCUGUUCAUCCGGAUGAUGAAGUUUUUGCCACAGCAGGUCAUGAUAAAAAUAUUGCACUUUGGCGAAGACAUAAAUUGUUAUGGACAACUCAGGUUGGCUUCGAAUGCAUUUGUGUAGCAUUUCAUCCUUUUGGUGUAGCUUUGGCUGCAGGUUCAUCUGAUGGACAUUUGCUUGUCUUAGCAGCUGAUACAGGUGCUGCUGUAGCAACUUUAAGAGUUUGCGGAUCGCCUUUAUCAUGUAUUGGAUAUAAUCCAACCGCUGAAACCGUUGCGAUGGGUUCACAAAAUGGUAGUAUAUAUCUCUUUCGAGUAUCAAGGGACGGUUUUUCUUACAAAAAAAGUAACAAGAUACGUGGAACACAACCUUUGGUACAACUCGAUUGGAGUUCUGAUAAUAGAUUUUUGCAAACGGUGACACAGGACUAUGAUCUUGUUUUUUGGGAUGUAAAAGCACUUUCAUCUGAAAAAAGUCCAUUAGUUAUGAAAGAUGUUAAAUGGCAUACACACAAUUGUACAGUAGGAUACAUGGUCUCAGGUAUGUGGAAUAAUCGUUAUUAUCCAUUGACAACGGUUCUCACCACAGCCUGUAGAUCAGCAGCGCACGAUAUGCUUGUCAGCGGAGACGCCGAAGGUUAUUUAAGACUUUUUAGAUAUCCAUGCACCAGCGCAAAAGCGGAAUAUGUAGAAGAAAAGGUUUACAGCUCGUUGGUAGCUUGUGCUAGAUUUUUGUAUAAUGAUCGAAAUAUUGUUACUGUUGGUGGAACCGAUGCUGCCCUUAUGCUUUGGGAAUUAGUGGAUGAAUAAGGAUAUAUAUAUAUAUAUAUAUAUAAAUUAUUAUAUAUAUAUAUAAAUUAUUAUAUAUAUAUAUAAAUUGUUAGGGCAAAAUCACAAGAGAUAGACGGAUUCUAAUAUCUGAGGGAUAUAUCAUUUUUUGUUUAUUUUUUUUUAAAUAUUUCAUAUUUUUUUCUUUUUCUUCUCUUUUUUUUUUUUUUGAUCACUUUCAAUAAAUACGUAUCCAUUAUUAAAACUUUAGAUAACCGAACUACUUAACGAACUUACAAACCACUUGACUCAGUGUUCAAUCUUUUUCUAUAACCAUCAUUAAAUACAAACACACACAUACACACGGAAUAAACAAGAAUUUACAGUGAUGCAGUAUAAAUAUUAAUAAUAAUAAUAAUAAUUAACAUUUUCUUGGAGCAUUAUUGAAUUAGUGGUAUUGUUGUGACGGAACGAAUUCUCUCUCUCUCUCUUUUUCUCUACAUGAAGAAUAUUAAGGGAAAAAAUAAGAAAACAAAACAAAAACAAAAAUAAAAAAGAACAUAACAAAUAUAAAUAUAUACAUACAUAUAUAUAUAUAUAUAUAUUUGUUACAUUACAUAUGUAUAUGUUAUAGAUAUAUACAUAUUGACGUAUACUUACAUAUACAUAAAUGUACUAUUUUAGCCAAAUAUAUGCGCGUUAAAAAGCGCAUUAGCGCACAGAAGGUUAGAGGGUGCUGGCGCCCAGACCUUCCCCUACCCCCUUGGUCUCCCCCAAAAAAAAUGUUCUUAGAAAUAUUUAACACGAAAACGUUAGAUAUAAUAUUUAAUAUUACUAAUAAUAAUAAUAAUAAUAAUAAUAAUAAUAAUAAUAAUAAUAAUAAUAAUAAUAAUAAUAAUAAUAAUAAUAAUAAUAAUAAUAAUAAUAAUAAUAAUAAUAAUGAAAUAGUAAUAGAAAGAAAAAUAAUAAUACAAAAUAUGCACGCACACGCCCGUACGUACAUUGCAUGAAGAUGAUGUGUCGCCGCGCUCUUUGUACCGCGAAAUUAUUUCUAAAAUACUUCUCUGUUAUUCGUUACAAAGAGAAAAAGAGAGAGAGAAAGAGAGAGAGAGAGAGAGAGAGAGAGAGCGAGAGAGAGAGAGAGAGAAGGAAUUUUAUGAAGAUUAUAUAUAUCAGGAGAAAAUUGUUGCAGGUCAACAUGCGUUCUCCUCUUAUCUUACCCCGUACCC